CGUUUGUGAUAGACUAAAACUCGCAACAAAAUAUAGUGAACAAAAAAAAAACGACGAACCAUAUCACACGGUUGUGUUUGAAUUAAUCGUGAAAUUCAUGAAAGAAAAUUUGACAUUUCUCUACAAUAUAAUUGAUGAAUCUAUUGAAGAUGCGGAAUUACUUAAGCACGUUCCUGUUGUCAAUCCUGUAUUAAUAAUCAGAGGUCAAGAUUUGCAUCACUCAGCAAAUGUAUAUAAUGUAGUAAUCAACAAGAACAUUAUAAUACAUGCUGAAUCGUUUUCUAGUGGACUUUUAACUACAUUUUUAUGUUACUAUGUGUUUGGUAUUGUUUAUCCCCAAGAAAUAGAAGGGACACUCGAAGCAAUUCAGCGAUUGUUCUUACAAAUUUGUCCUCCCAAGGGUACAAAGAGAGGUGGUAAGAGAAAAGCAACGAAAAUCCAUCCUAAAGUCUUCAAACUGACUAAAGAUAUUGAUUCCUACCUUGCUGAUGAAUCCGAUGACUAGUAUCCAUAACUUGUUACUUUUUAAUUAGAUGAUAUAGGAUAACUUUAUUCUAAAAUUAGUUUAGUUUAUAUUGUUCCAUUACUAUUAUUUAUAACUAUAUCGUUCAGCUUAUUUUUGUCAUUUUGGCGUAAAUUGUUUAUGAUACUUUGUAAAGUAUCAAUAUUAUUUUAUGCUGCUAUUAGUAUUACUAUUUUAUUUCCUCAAUAAAUGGUUUUAUUAACGUAAA